AUGGCCAUAGCCACGUCGGCCCAGCUGGCCCGGGCACUCUACGACAACACCGCCGAGUCCCCCCAGGAGCUGUCCUUCCGCCGUGGGGACGUUCUGCGGGUCCUGCAGAGGGAGGGUGCCGGUGGGCUGGACGGCUGGUGCCUCUGCUCCCUGCAUGGCCAGCAGGGCAUUGUGCCCGCCAACAGAGUGAAGCUCCUUCCUGAUGGCCUGGCCCUCAAGCCCAGCCUUGCCCAGGUGCCCCCAGCCGAGCCUGGCUUACCACAUCCAGCCCCAGAACACAGCAAUGAAGACCAGGAGGUGUAUGUGGUGCCACCGCCAGCUCGGCCCUGUCUGACCUCAGGAUCUCCAACUGGACUCUGCCUGCCUGCCCCUGACCCCAUCUACAAGGUCCCCAGAGGCAGCGGGACCCAACUGGCUGCCCCUGGAGGUGUGCUGGAGGUCUACGACGUGCCCCCCUCUGCCCUCCGAGCUCCCUCCAGUGACCCCUAUGACUGCCCUGCCUCCUUUACCCGCCCUCUGGCCCCGGUCGCCCCACAAUCCCCUGGAGAGGACGAAGCUCCCUACGAUGUGCCUCUGACCCCAAAGUCACCGUCAGAGCCGGACCCAGAUCUGGAGUGGGAAGAGGGCCGCGAACCAGAGCCCCCCCUCUAUGCUGCCCCCUCCAACCUGAAGCGGGCCUCAGCUCUGCUCAAUCUGUAUGAAGCGCCUGAGGAGCUGCUAGCCGACGGGGAAGGCAGUGCCGAGGAGGGCAUCUACGACGUGCCCCUGCUGGGGCCAGAGGCGUCCCCGGAGCCCCCGGGAGCCUCCGCCUCCAAUGACCCGGACACCCUGGCUCCGCUUCUAGCCAGAAGCCCUCCGCCCUCACACAGGCCCCGGCUGCCCUCUGCAGAAAGCCUGUCCCGCCGCCCUCUGCCCGCCCUGCCUGUCCCCGAGGCCCCCAGCCCUUCCCCGGCUCCUUCUCCUGCUCCGGGCAGAAAGGGCAGCAUCCAGGACAGGCCUCUGCCCCCACCUCCACCCCGCCUGCAUGGCUAUGGGGGCCCUAAGGCCGAGGGGGAACCAGAGGGCCGGGAGGCAGAGGACAGUGCAGCAGGACUCCACAACGAGUACGAGGGCAUCCCGGUGGCCGAGGAGUACGACUACGUCCACCUAAAGGGGAUGGAUAAAGCUCAGGGAUUGGGGCCCCCAGAGAAAGCCUCGCCAGGGGAUCCUGAAGUGCCGGAGAGGGGGCCCCCGGAACAGCAGGAGGUCCCGUCCCCAGGGGAGCAUCUGGCUCUGCCUGCCGGAGACCGGCAGCUCCUGCACUUCUAUGCCGGGCAGUGCCAGAGCCACUACUCAGCACUGCAGGCAGCCGUGGCAGCCCUGAUGUCCAGCAGCAGGGCCAACCAGCCCCCGCGCCUCUUCGUGCCCCACGGCAAGCAGGUGGUGGUGGCCGCUCACCGCCUUGUGUUUGUUGGGGACACGCUGGGCCGGCUGGCCGCCUCCGCUCCUCUGCGGGCACAGGUUGGGGCUGCGGGCACAGCGCUGGGCCAGGCGUUGCAGGCGACUGUGCUCGCUGUCAAGGGGGCCGCUCUGGGCUACCCAUCUGGUUCUGCAGCCCAAGAGAUGGCACAGUGUGUGACCCAGCUGGCGGGGCAGGCCCUGCAGUUCACCACCCUGCUCGCCAGCCUGGCCCCCUGA